GAAUAACUACCAAAAUCACGUGACCUUUCCUUAUUUCCAGCAGGCGAAAACACUCGCCGGUUUGCUGCUUUUAUCAUAAGAAUGACAUCUCGAACAUCUUCACUUCUUUUAAGAUCUCUGAAAGGUAGACUUUAUGGAACAAGUGCAGCAGCUACCUCAGAUUCAUCUGCACAGUUGACGAAACAGACACCAAGGGUCACCAAACUAGAGAAUGGACUGACAGUAGCAUCAUUGGAAAAUUACUCUCCUAUCUCCCAAGUUGCACUUGUAGUAAACGCUGGAUCAAGGUUUGAGUCAUACACAGAUGCUGGGGUUACUCACUUUUUGCGAUCUGCCACUAGUCUUAGUACAUUGAAUUGGCUAGAUACAUCCUUGGUCAGAGCAGUAGAGGAGUGUGGGGGUAACUUAGGGUGUACAGGUACAAGAGAGUAUAUGAUAUAUAGUGCUGAAACCUUGAGAAAUCAGUUAUUUGAGAGCAAUGCAGCAGAGAUUUUAAGAGAUGUAGCAUUAAAUCCAUUAUAUGAUGCAUGGCAAGUAGAAAAUGGAACUGUUCAGCAACAGAUGGUCAUUGAUAUUGCUAAUAUGAUUGGAAAUCCUGAAAUAAGAUUAAUGGAAAUGAUACAUGAAGCUGCCUACAGGGAUACUUUAGGAAGAUCACUUUACUCUCCAUUUUAUCAUGUUAACAAAUUUCAGCCAGAUCAAUUGAAAGGUUUCCACAGUAAAAUGUUUACAAAUGACAGAAUGGCAUUAGUUGGACUAGGUGUUGACCAUGACCAACUGGUAGAAGAAGGAAAGGCCUAUGUUCAGGGUCCCAAUAGAGGAGGUUCUACUGUCCAGACAGAUAAAGCAGUCUAUCAUGGUGAUAAUCUUAGAUUACCAUCGGAUGAACCUAUGACACAUGUAGCUAUUGUGACAGAAGGUCCAAGUUUGACCAGUAAGGAUUUGUAUGCAGUAGGUGUGUUACAGAUGAUAAUGGGAACAGGUCCUCACAUAAAAUACAGUGAGAAUACCACAGUAAACAGACUGGGUAAAGGUGUAGGAGAAGCUAUUAAGAAUAAUCCAUUUGCUGCUUCCUGUAUAAAUGCUAAUUACACAGAUUCUGGUAUAUUUGGAUUUCAUUUGUGUGCUCAGGCCAAAGAUAUGGGACAGGGAAUAAAAGCUGCAAUGAAUGCAUUUGCUAAUGUCUCUAAGAAUGGUGUAACAGAUGAAGAUGUUGUCCGAGGAAAGAACCAGUUAAUGGCAGCCAUUGGUAUGAACAUGGAGGAUAGUAGUAAUGUAUUGUUAGACCUUGCAGAACAAGCUAUUAGCAGUAAUAAAAUUACCACUUCAGCUGAAGUACUGAAAAUGAUUGAUGCUGUACAAACAUCAGAUGUAACUAGUGUGGCAAAGAAAGUAAUCGGUGGAAAACCAUCAAUGGCAGCUAUAGGGGAUCUUCAAACAGUACCAUAUUUAGACGAACUGAAGAAAUAGAAAUGUUAUCAUGGACUCAUGAAGAUCUGACAAUAGCAAAUUUUUGACAGUGUUUGAAAAUAGAAGCAUGUGAACUGAAACUGUGAAUGGAACUUAUUAUUUAUGUGUUACGAGAUAUAAUAUUUUAUAUGAAAAUUGGUCAUUUAGUAGAUGGAUAAGCUAUUUGAUUUAUAAAUGACCGGUGAAAUAAAAUGAUUGAUGUUU